GAGCCCUCUGAAUGACAACAUGCCUGAUCAUGAGAUCCUGAUCGAGGAGGAUGACCUCCAGUAUGAAGAGGAGAUCCUGCGUAACCCAUAUUCAGUCAAGUGCUGGAUGCGAUAUAUUGAAUACAAGCAAUCUGCCUCGGCACACGUACUGAACCUGAUAUACGAGAGAGCGCUGAAGGAGCUGCCAGGAAGUUACAAAUUAUGGUACGCAUACCUAAAACAGCGCAGGAAGCAGGUGAAGAGGCGGUGCCUUACCGAUCCGGCCUUCGAGGAAGUAAAUAAUUGCCAUGAGCGAGCCCUGGUCUUCAUGCACAAGAUGCCCCGAAUUUGGCUGGAUUACUGCCACUUCCUUAUGGAUCAGUUUAAAAUUACCCGCACAAGAAGGACGUUUGACCGCGCUCUACGCGCGCUCCCCAUUACGCAGCACCAUCGCAUCUGGCCGCUGUACCUGAAAUUUGUCCGCGCUCACCCCCUUCCAGAGACGGCAGUCAGAGUCUACAGGAGAUACCUGAAGCUGACGCCUGAAAAUGCUGAGGAGUAUAUCGAGUAUCUGCGCUCGGUGGAGAGGUUGGACGAGUCUGUAUGUAGGCUGGCAGCCAUUGUGAACCAAGAAGACUUUGUGUCCAAGGAGGGAAAAUCAAACUACCAGCUGUGGCAGGAGUUGUGUACCCUCCUCUCCCAGAACCCCGGAUCUAUACGCUCUCUGGACUCUGCUGCCAUUAUUCGUGGUGGCCUCACCCGCUUCACCGACCAGAGGGGCAAGCUGUGGUGUGCCCUGGCUGAGUAUCACACCCGGAGUGGUCACUUUGAAAAGGCACGAGAUGUUUAUGAAGAGGCCAUUCAGACGGUCACCACUGUCCGUGACUUCACUCAGGUGUUCGACAGCUAUGCUCAGUUCGAAGAAAGCGUCAUUGCAGCCAAAAUGGAAACCGUCAGUGAGAUGGGAAAAGAAGAGGACGAUGACAUAGACCUGGAGCUGCGAUUGGCCCGCUUCGAGCAGCUGAUGGAGAGGAGACCGGUCUUACUAAAUGGGGUGCUGCUGAGACAGAACCCACACAAUAUCCACGAGUGGCACAAGAGGGUGCAGCUGUACCAAGGCAAACCACGGGAGAUCAUAAACACAUACACGGAAGCUGUUCAGACCGUACAGCCAGCAAAGGCCACUGGGAAGCCGCACACGCUCUGGGUUGCGUUUGCUAAAUUUUAUGAAGACAACGGACAGAUCGACGAUGCCCGGGCCAUCCUCCAGAGAGCCACCCAGGUACAGUACACGCAUGUGGAUGACUUGGCCUCCGUCUGGUGCCAGUUUGGUGAGAUGGAGCUGAGACACGAGAACUAUGAGCAGGCUUUGAGGAUCCUCAGGAAAGCCACUGCCGUGCCGGCUCGCAAGGCUGAAUACUUUGACUCAACGGAGCCCGUGCAGAACAGACUGUACAAGUCAUUGAAGGUGUGGUCCAUGCUGGCCGAUCUGGAGGAAAGUUUAGGCACUUUUAAGUCCACCAAGGCCGUGUACGAUCGCAUCAUUGAUCUCCGUAUCGCCACCCCGCAGAUUAUAAUCAAUUACGCUUUGUUCUUGGAGGAACACAACUACUUUGAGGAAAGUUUUAAGGCCUACGAGCGCGGCAUCGCCCUCUUCCGCUGGCCGAACGUCUACGAUAUCUGGAGUACUUAUCUGUCCAAAUUCAUUGCUCGAUACGGAGGAAAGAAGCUGGAGAGAGCUCGCGAUCUGUUUGAACAAUCUCUGGAUGGCUGUCAUCUGUUGUCGGACGAGCAGUCCCGGGAGAUGUGUCUGCGGUUUGCCGAUAUGGAGAGUAAGCUCGGGGAGAUCGAUCGAGCCCGCGCUGUGUAUUCAUACUGCUCUCAGAUGUGUGACCCCAGGCUGACGGCCGGCUUCUGGCAGACUUGGAGAGACUUUGAGGUGCGGCACGGCAAUGAGGACACGAUUCGGGAGAUGCUGCGUGUUAAACGGAGCGUGCAAGCCAAAUACAACACGCAGGGCACGUUCCUUGUGUCCCAGAGACUGAGGGCAGAAGCAAUAGGAGCUGGCCAGGAAUCGAAAGAACCGGUGGAUGAGAUGCAGGCUCUGGAGCAGAAGGCAGCGGUGGUGGCAGCCCAGGCUGAAAGGGAUAAACCACAGAUGAAGGAGAAGAUCCUGUUUGUUAGGUCCGAUGCUUCCAAGGCAGAAUUAGAAGAGAUGACACUGCAGGCCAAUCCGGACGAGAUUAAUAUUGGGGAGGAAGACGAGUCCGAAGAGGAGCUGGAGCCGGAUGAAGUACAAUUGGAGCAGAAAUCGGUCCCUGCUUCGGUCUUCUCUGGGCUUGCCGACGAUUAACUCUCCACCCCCAACCCCCAAGCUCCUCCCUUUCACAACAAAACUAAUAGUAA